GGAAUGGACUCCUUUCUCGUUUGCUCCUCCUCUGGCAUCGCUACAGUGCUCUGCUGAACAAUCUUUAUCAAUUCUCCUGCAAUUUUGGUCUCCGUGGGAGAAUGGAAUCCAUUUGAUUUUGGUUGAACUCGAAGAGAUUUAAUUUUGGUCUCUUUUUUUUUAGUUUAAGAACUGAUAGUUGUUUUGUUUAUUUUUCUUUCGUUUUCGUUUUUUUCGGAAAAGAAUAAAAAAAAAAAAGUUUAUUGAAACGAGAUUCUGGAAAGGCUUCUUAGAUUGCUUGCAGACAAGUUUGGCAAGGAAAGAAGAAUUAGGAAAGAAAGAAUCUGACAUCUAAAAAGAAUUUUUAAGAAAUAAUCUGAUAUGAAUUUUGAAGUGUUUGUUUUGGUGAAAAUGCUUUGAAACGGAAGUGAAUGAGCAAGUACUUUUGAAGCGAAGAAUUUCAAGAGUAAAUACUAACUCAGAACUAGGAAUUGACAUUUGAGUUUCAAUCCAGAUUAUUGCCUGUCUUCAAAAGAGAAAAUAAAAACUAUUUAAUGCAACUACAACAAUAAAGCAAUGACGUAUUGCUGGCUGUGCCAGGUUGUUAUCCUACUGCUCUGCUGCUGCGCCUUUAUACAGGCGAAACUUCACAUUGGUAUUCCAGAGGGAACGGCAGCCAAUGACAACGAAGAUGUAGACACUUCAAAGAUCCUCGUACAACAGAUACGUGCUUAUUGGAGAUGCUACGAAACUGUUCGUACAAGACCCCUGUCGGACGCAGGAGGAGAUAAAAAGAAUGGAAAUGAUUUGUUUUGUCCUGCUACGUUCGACGGCUGGGGAUGUUGGGACGCUACAUCGGCUGGUGAAAUGGCAGAAAUUCCUUGUCCUUCUGAAGGAAAUUCAUCGAGAAAGGUAAAGAAGAGGUGUUCUGAAAACGGCUACUGGGAAAUAAACGCAGACACUAAAGAAGAGAAAGUGGAUUACAGAGAGUGUAAUAUCAAUGUUUCCACUGGAGAUGCCGACCUGCUUUUCCAAGUCAUUGAAGAACUCGUUAAUCUUGAAAGAUCGCCCUAUUCUGAUCCUCAAACUGCUGAAGCAUUUGAGAUUUGUCUCGAAACGGUUCUCUCGGCUCCGAAAAUUAGCAUCAAUGCAGAGUUAUAUUGCCCUCGAACUUUUGAUGGUUGGGGUUGUUGGAAUGAUACUUUAGCUGGAAAGACUGCUUAUAUACCUUGCCCUCGCUUCAUAACUGGAUUCCUGCCUGAAAGAUCGGCUCAUAAGGAAUGCAAUCCCGAUGGAUCGUGGUAUAGGCAUCCAGAUACUAACAGAACUUGGUCCAAUUACACCACCUGCGUGGACAAGGAUGAUUUAACUUUUCGUCAAAGGAUUGUUAACAUUUACAUAUCUGGGUAUUCUACAUCAGUGAUAGCUCUUCUUAUAUCCUUGGGUAUUUUCUUCUACUUUCGAUGUGUUCAAUGCACCAGGAUAACGAUUCACAAACAUCUCUUCAUGUCCUUCAUUAUUAAUAAUAUUAUGUGGAUAAUAUGGUACACAGAAGUAGUACAGAAGCCGUCAGUGUUAAUCAGCAAUGAGCUUCCUUGCCAGAUAUUGCAUGUGCUUGUGCACUAUUUCUUGGUUUCCAAUUACUUGUGGAUGUUUUGCGAAGGCCUGUACUUGCACACUUUACUAAUUGUUGCAUUCGUUGCUGAAGAUAAGCUGUUGAAAUGGUUUUAUUUGAUUGGAUGGGGUAUUCCUCUUGUUAUUAUCACCGUCUAUGCUAGUGUCAGAAGCAGUUUCCCUAAGGACACCGAAUUCUGUUGGAUAGAAGAAAGUAAUUACUCUUGGAUAAUUUCGGGCCCUGUAUGCAUUUCAAUGCUCUUGAACUUCGUAUUCUUAGUGAAUAUUGUUCGAGUUUUGGUCACUAAACUGAGAGCUGUGAAUUCUCCGGACACCCAUCAAACUAGGAAAGCGGUGCGGGCCACCCUUAUUCUGAUUCCUCUGCUGGGACUCCAUUACGUGGUCACCCCUUUCCGACCUGUACCAAGAUCUCCUGGUGAAGCCAUCUACGAGACGGUCUCUGCUAUUGUCACUUCAUUCCAGGGUUUGAUGGUUGCUCUGCUCUUUUGUUUCUUCAACGGAGAGGUCAUUGCUUUGGUCCGCAAGAAAUGGAAUCAAGCUCUUCUUAUGCGUGGUCGAAGAAUGUCCUAUGCAGCAACAACUGUAUCUUUUAAUGCAAACCCCGUCCCAAUGGGACACUAUGGAAACAACGGCUGUAUAACAAAGCACGGAGGUAAAAGACUCCAUGAACCUGUUCAAACCAAAUCUCUCUAGGGAAAUGAAAGAUGCUCAUCAAAUGGAAAAGCAGUACCAGCCGCCAAAAGCCUGUUAGCCCUUGUUUAAAAAAAAUGCUUCUUCAAAAUUUAAUCUAUUCCUCUCCGCCUACGCAGAAUAUAAAGCAUUCAAAAGAAACUAAUUCCGAUUGUAGUCUCUAUGAGACGAGCAGCCAGUCCAUCUUCCACAAGCAUAGCUGAACCCAAAGAUCAAAACAUAUCCAAUAUUUAUUUUCCAUCGUCACGUACGCCUAUAAACAUAUAUUACCAAUGCGAAUUUUGGGUAUCAUAACAUCAGUUCAGCCUAAAUUAUACAAUGAUGUUUUCCUCUGAAGAACUACAUAGAGGAUUGCAUGAAUCCAACUAUUCAGCAACUGAACGGGAGUUGCAUACAGCUUGAUGCAUAUAUUCCAGUAAACAUUAGUCUGCUUCCCUGUUUGUGUACCGUGUUUUGUGGGGGAUGAUGUGCGAUUUAUUUCAAAACAGCCAUAAUAUUAAAACGCCAUUUUCUGUCGUAUUCCUUUUGUGAACAUAUCUAAUGCAUAUAUAUCUAGUGUAUUGUGAUUUAUUGAUGGAAACUCAUUUGUGAUGAACUAUUAGCUUUUACAGACUAUGAAUCAUGAUGAUUCAAGAAGUGUUAUUUUUAGUCAUCACAUAUCUCUAUAAAGAUUUAUCAUGAACUCAUUUUAGUUUCUGCAGAACUAUAGCAGACAUAUACACUGAUAAACAAAAGUGAAAACUGGCUGCAGAAAAGAGCUGUCAAUGUUUUUGUUAUUAUGUUUUAUUGCACAGUUUGUUGUUGUCACUUGAUAUAUGCAUUUUGUGAAAAAAAUGUUGUAUUUGUGGCUCUAAGUAUUAGAAUAUUUCAUGUUUAGUAAGAAUUUGCUUCUUUCCUAGAUGACAUUUCCUGAGCAAAGAAUGAAUUCUACUUAGAGUUUACUUCAUUCAGAUAUUAUUUCACGUAGUAGAACAUUUGAGACAUCCAGAGCUUUUAGAGUUUCGUUUAAUAGAUUGCAUUUCUACGAGUUAAAUGACUGAAUGUAAACAUUUUUGCCACUCCACAGUGUCCAUUGUUGUCAGCUUAAAUAUUAUUAUUAUUAUUAUUUAUGAACAAUAUUUUCAUAAUAUACUGAAAUAAAAUAUUUUGAAAAAGAACACUAUACGAACUAUACAGACAUCUUAUUAGUGUAGUAAAAGAUAUAAAACCAUUUUUUGAACUAAAAGGAGUUUUUGAAUAAGUAUAGUUCUUUAAGUAAUAAAGAAUAUCUUUUGAAAAGUAUUUUAGCAAAUGUAAUUAACAAUUCAAAUACAUAAUUCUUUGAUAUUAGAUGCAUAAAAAAAUUAAAAUGCAAUUUCCUACUGAAGGUAAGAUAAAAUAAUCAACACAGUGACAUACCAUCACGAUUUAUAAUACACUGAAGAUUAUUUAAUUAAUCAAAAUCAGAGGAAUUAUUUUUAUUGAAAGCCAUUAUAAAAUACCAAAAAAAAAUUUCAAAAUCAAAUAUAAAAAAUGUAACAGUAUUAAGUGAAUAUUAUAUCGAGAAUUUACUAAUACGGUAAAGAUAUUUUAUUGUUACUACUACUACUUGAAUAUAAAUGAAGCUUGAAAAAUUAUGAAAAUUAAUCAUUAACUCAAAAUGUUAAAGUUUUUUUUAGCUUUUUAGUAGCAUGCAAUCUCAGAAACCUUGGCUUUUAAAAACGUUAGAUAGUAAAUGUAUUAAUAAAAUAUCAGAUUGCUAAUCUCAAAAAAUUAUAUAAUAUAUGUUACAUUUCAUUUGCAAAAAAUUCCAAUGAAAAUCUUAAAUACUAAAUAGUUUCUUUUGAUAAUAAAAAUAAUUUGCGCUAGAGUUAACUGAUAAAAUUAUAAAUUUUUAAUAUAAAAUGACAUUCUGAUUUUUAAAAAACUAAUAUUACUACUCUUUAUAAAUGGCAAUGAAUAGGCACAUUUAACUCCAUAUUAAUUUAUGAGAAAUAAUCAAUUUCUUAACUAAAAAUGGAGAAACAUGAUUCGAUUUUUAAUAUUGGAAUAGUACAAUUUAUGAACUUUAAAACGAUUCAGGAUUGUUUCCUAAAUUCAUUUUUGUGAAACAAGCCCCUCAACUAGCUCUAUAGGAUUUCCACAAGCAGUCCUAACAAGAAUAAGAGUGUUACAGAACACUAUUUGUCAUUAGAUCUAGGAUCGCAUUUCAUUCAUACAGCUAGAUACUCACCAUGAAAAGCAUGUUAACAGUUCAAUUGUAAGUGAUGAUUCUAGUUCUGGAACAAAACCAAGAUUUCUUCAUAUCUAUCUACUCUCCCUUGAGAGUGGAUACGUCCAAGGCCUAUCAAUCGUGCUAAGAGGUCCAAGGUGGAGCAACAGAAGAGGAAUUGGUGUUUAAGGAGUAGACUGAGCUGUCUUGGGACAGAAUCUCUUUGCUGCACAGAUCUUAAUUCAUCUAAAAUAUGUUAUGUCUUUGUAGGCAAUGCUGUUGUCGUCUUUUCAUUAAUAAAAGUUAAAUGUGGAAAGGUAUUUUCUUUUCUUUUCUCUUUUAUUAAUAUGUGUGUUUUGCACCUAAAGGUACUAAAACGAAUAUUUUUCUCUUGUAACACCUGUGUUUGAAUAACAAGUUACAAGACAUGCAGUGAAUUGUAUAUAAAUUAAUUUUUCAUGUUGAUUAAAAAUUUAGAAUUUAAUUUGAUCGGGGUAAAAAUGUUUGUAUUCUUUUAAUGAACUAUCAUAAAUUAAAUAUCAAAAUAACAUAUUUAGGUCAAUAUAAUUAUUUGUUUAUUGAAUGUAUCCUUUUGAUCCAUUUUCUUUUGAUGUACAUUUUUUCUUCUUAUAUGUAUUAGUGUGUUGAAAUAACAGCACAGAUUUCUGUGCUGCAUUCUCUUGUGUGAACUAUGCGUCUUCUAUAUUCUUUUAAUUUCUACACUGUCGUUUCAUAUGAUGUUUUUCUGUAAAUAUUAAUAUAUUAUGUACAUUACUAUGAUUUUAAUUGCGCGCAUAUGUAUUUAUAAGAAACUAUCUGCACGUAUGUGUUUGGUGUUACUUUAUGUGCAAUUUUAUUCUUGCAUCUUUUAUUUAAUGUUGUGAUGCAUUUUUUGUGAUAUCGAUUUUUUUUUCUAAUUUUUGAAAUGAAUGUGUUAUUUGGAAGGUGGAUUUUCAGAAGAAGUUGUUCUCAUUGAUGAAGAGCUUAUUGCUUUGACUGUAGAAAGGAUAAAAUGAUUUUCUUUGUUCAGUGUAAUUCAAAAUUUAUAGAUUAAAGAUGGUGUAAACUGUU